ACGACAGUUAGCGAGCGAUCGAGCAAACGUUCCGGCACCACAUUGUCCUCUUUCUCUUUUUUUCUUCUCUUUUUCUUCACUCUUGGCUUUUACAACUCUCGCUGUUUACACCCCAAUAUUUUUCCUCUUAGCCGGAUGAGCAGCAGCUGCUUUUUUCUCGCAACCGGCACCCUGCUGUCCAUCACCCACACGCAAACGCAGCCGCGCUUUCCAUUUCGGGCUAUAAUUUCAUACGUUACAUUACGCCCCGCUCCGCGGCCCCGCCCAAGGCCUUGGCUGAAGGGACGCGGAUGCGUGGCACCGAGACGAGGCAUUGUCGUUUCGUGGCGAGGCAAGCCGUUUCGCGACGAGGCGUUUCGUGGACCCUGCCACCUACCUACCUACCUACCUAGGUCUGGGCCCAGGGCACCCCAGGCCCCUCUCCGACCGAUAGCCGAGAUUUCUUUUUUUGGGUUUUUUGGGUGCCCGUUGCCCGUGUGGUUUCCGUUUCCGCUGCUGGAUCAUGGCGGCAGGCGGAUAUCUAAUGGCGGCUUGGCGGCGGCCACCGACCGGAUCGGCCUCGUGCGCUCGCUUGCGCGUCGACUUGUUGGCCGCGUUUUUUGCACGCGUGGCCCCCAGCCGGCCGGGUAACGGGUUGCGCAUGCAUGCGCCACUGAGGUCCUUACUGCCCGCGCACAUCGUCUUGCCGUUUUGCAUGGCGUAGCCGGCCGGGUUUGUCGACUUCAGGGGGCUUGACUGGACUGGACUGAUUGCUGUGACUGAUACGGUCGGUCUGCUCUGCUCUUUCUUGGCUCUUGGGUGCGUGGGUGCUGUGGUACUUACCUACCUAGUGCUGGGGGUGGAGAGUGCAGUGGAGAACGCAGUGUCUGGUUGCUGCUG